CAUCGUUCUGCAAACUCACUUCAGUUCCUCGUCGCGGGAUCCGCGCAGUUUCGCGUGCCAUCGAUCCUGGAUUUGAGCUAGAUCCGACUGAAACCCACGUCAUCGGAGCACUAGAAUUGCCUGCACUCACCUACUGCCCAACAUCGCUGCGUCACCGUCCGACGAUAUCGGCAAUCGAAUGUUCCGAGAUAAUCACGAACAAGAUCCGGAUUCCGCUUAAUCAAACCGUAAGCCUUAAUACACCUUCCCUUCUCAGUUUUAUCGCGUUAAAAUUAGAUCCGAUUCACAGUCCUGCUCGUUGACGACGGUGAGCUUCGCCACCGCCCUACCUUGCCCCUCAACCAAAAUCCGCAAUCAAUGGUGAAACUUUAGGUCUUCGAUCAAUAUCAAACCAACCCAUGAAGCUUCACAAAGACUACUAUGGCUACUACUACGCCAACCAGUCUCAGAAAGCCGCUUUAGCCGGACUUUUGGUGGUCCUCUUUCCGGCCUUCCUGCCAAACCUCUUUGGCCCAUUGGGCCACGCCUCUCCUUCAAUCUUCUCGGAGUGGAAUGCCCCGCAACCCCGGCAUUCGCGCCUUCUAAGUCCGGCUUUGCUUCUUCAAUCUUCUGUGGAUCAACAGAGCAAGCUUUGGGCUCCAUUGCCCGACCAAAGAUGGAAGCAUUGUCCUGAAGAGCCUAGAAGUUUAUCAUCGUUGCCAAAAGAAUCUACUGGGUAUAUUCAGGUGUUCCUUGAUGGAGGCUUGAACCAGCAGAAAAUGGGGAUUUGUGAUGCAGUUGCUGUUGCUAAAAUUUUGAAUGCCACUUUGGUUAUUCCACACCUUGAAGUUAAUCCUGUGUGGCAAGAUUCGAGUUCCUUUGAGGAAAUUUUUGAUGUGGAUCACUUUAUUGAAGCCCUACAGGGUGAAGUUUCUAUAGUUAAAGUCGUUCCUAUUGAAUUUUCUUGGAGCACUAGGGAGUAUUAUGCUACUGGGAUACGGAUUACUAGAAUAAAAACAGCACCUGUUCAUGCUUCUUCUGAUUGGUAUCUGGAAAACGUCCUGCCCAUAUUGCAGAGAUAUGGAGUUGCUGCUAUCUCCCCAUUUUCUCAUCGUUUGGCUUUUGAAAACUUGCCUCAAAACAUACAGCGCCUACGUUGUAAAGUCAACUUUGAAGCUUUAGCCUUUGUUCCUCAUAUCCGGGAAUUGGGAGAAACCCUUGUUAAUCGUCUCCGCUAUCCCAAUAGAAGCCACAAGGCAGGUACUGGCUCGCAGGACAAAGCAAAUGAAAUCGAGAAACAGGGAGCUGGGAAAUAUGUUGUUUUGCAUCUUCGCUUUGAUAAAGAUAUGGCUGCCCAUUCAGCCUGUGAUUUUGGUGGUGGUAAAGCUGAGAAACUCGCCCUUGCAAAAUAUCGGCAAGUAAUCUGGCAGGGUAGGGUCCUAAAAUCUCAGUUCACAGACGAGGAGUUAAGAAAUCAGGGGCGUUGCCCGUUAACUCCUGAAGAGAUUGGAUUGCUGCUGGCCGCUUUGGGCUUCAACAAUACGACCCGACUCUAUCUUGCUUCUCACAAGGUUUACGGUGGAGAAGCAAGGAUCUCGACUUUGAGAAGAAUAUUUCCAGACAUGGAUGACAAGAAGAGCCUUGCCUCUGCAGAGGAAAGGGCCAAAGUUGAAGGCAAGGCUUCUUUGUUAGCCGCAGUUGACUAUUAUGUGAGCAUGCAAAGCGACAUCUUCAUUUCUGCUUCUCCCGGAAAUAUGCACAAUGCACUGGUGGGUCACCGGGCUUAUAUGAACUUGAAGACUAUUAGACCAAACAUGGCAUUGUUGGGCAAGCUUUUCGUGAAUAAGAGCAUGGAAUGGUCUGAUUUCCAACGCGCGGUUUUGGAUGGACACAAAACUAGACAGGGGCAGAUGAGGCUGAGAAAGGAGAAGCAGUCGAUCUAUACAUACCCUGCUCCUGAUUGCAUGUGUCAAUCAUAAUUGAAAUCAAUUAAUGUGUUGGAGUUAUCCAAUCCCAUUUUUGUAUAGGCUUCAUUUGACCUAAUUAUAUUGUACAUUCUGCUUCUUAUGUGUCGAUGGGCAACCAUUGUUUCUCACCAGCAGAAGAGAGAUCCAGUGACGAAAUCGCCUUGCAUACCAUGACUCCGACAGACUCUUCCAUUUCAAUACAGUGAGUUUUUUGGCUUAAGAGUAAUUUAGAACUAGCCUUUCUGCACAUGCUCAUGCGAUUGCAAAAUGGAGCCUUGUGCGUGAUGUAUUAAGGUGUACUUUAAUCAAAGGGCGGUACACGUGUUUUACA